CAUGAUGCCCCUCUUCAUCGCCAACUUCGGCAGCACCCUGGACGAACUCGGCGAGCCUGUUGGGGAAGGCGACGAACAAACGAUUUCGGAGAGCGUGGCGAGCUUCUGCAUCCUCUUCGGCGUGAUCGGCUUCGUCGCCGGGGUGGUCGGGUUCGUCCUGGUGACCCUUUGGAGUAUCUCCGGAGAACGCCAGGCGCUACGCAUGCGGAGGGAAUACGUGAAGUGCAUCCUGAAGCAGGACAUCGGAUGGUUCGACGAGCACCCCGCGGGGCAGCUUCCCACGGCCGUCACCGCCAAUAUGGCAAAGGUGCAGGACGGCUUGGGCAGGAAGAUCGGGGACAUCAUCCUCAACGGCCUCAGCGGCAUUGCCCUGCUUAUCACCGGGAUCAUCAUCAACUGGGAGCUCGGGCUGGUGAUGCUCGCGUGCGUUCCCUUCAUCGGUGGGAGCGUCGCCGUCCUUUCCAAGCUCAUGUCCAGCAGCACUCAGGAGGGGAACGAUCACUACUCUAAGGCAGGCGGUGUUGCCACGGAGGUCCUCAGCGGCAUCCGCACGGUAGCCUCGCUCAACUCCGAGGAGAUCGAGCUUGAGCGCUACGGCAAGCACCUGGACGGAGCCUACCACGCCGGGGUGAAGGAGGGCAUGGCCAAGGGCCUCGGCAACGGCAUGCUCUUCACCUCCUUCUACAUGAGCUACGCUCUGGCCUUCUGGUUCGGCACGAAGCAGGUCAGCAGUGCAACGGCAAAGGCGGUAGCUGACGGGGACGGACGCUCAGGAGGGGACGUGUUGGCUGCUAUCUUCGCUGUCCUCAUGGGCUCGAUGAUGUUCGGGCAGACCGCCCCCGGCAUCGCCGCCCUGGGCGUCGCCCGCGGGGCCGCCGUGGAGGUGUUCGAGGUUCUUGACCGCGUGCCCCCCAUCGACUCGUCCUCGGAGAAGGGGCUUAAACCCGCGAACGUGGAGGGGCAGCCUGCCCGGCCGAACGACGUGGUGUACGGCUCCCUCAGCCUGGAGGUAGCAGUCGGCAAGACCCUCGCCCUAGUCGGGCCUUCCGGCGGAGGAAAGUCCACCAUGACCAAGCUGCUACUGCGAUUCUACGACCCCACCUCGGGUACCGUGACUCUCGACGGCACAGACAUCAAGUCUCUCAACGUCGCCUGGUACAGACAGCAGGUGCGUUAUUGCGCUGGUGUCAUCGCCGCCGCCAAGGCUGCAAACGCGCACGAGUUUAUCAAGAGCUUUCCGGAGGGCUACAACACAGGAGUCGGAGAGGGAGGGUUCCAGUUGUCUGGAGGCCAGAAGCAGCGCAUCGCCAUCGCCCGUGCGAUCAUCAAGGACCCGGCCAUCUUGCUCCUGGACGAGGCCACGUCCGCGCUUGACUCCGAGAGCGAGAAGGUGGUGCAAGCCGCCCUGGACAAGCUCCACAAGGAUAAGCCCCGCACGACGGUGACCAUCGCCCACCGUCUGUCCACCAUCCGAGGCGCCGACAAAAUCGCCGUUAUCGACAAGGGCGUCGUCGAGCUGGGAACGCACUCCGAGCUUCUCGCCCUGAACGGAGUCUACCACAUGCUGUGCACUAGCCAGGGCGGCAAGACUGAGGAGGAGAUGGAAGCAGACAAGCAGGCUCGUUUGGCCCGGCAAAAGAGCUUGUCAGGCGCGAAGGUGGCGAGGGAGGCGAGCGGCAGCGACGCCUUGCUGCGUCGCCAGAGCUCCAACGUCAACGCCGGCCACGAGAUCGACCUCUCGGCUUCGGCUGGCAAGAAGGACGCCAAGGUGGAGGAGGAGAAGCUCCCCAAGCCUCCCAGGGGCCGCAUGUGGUCGCUCAACAAGGGAGACUGGCCGUGGCUCGUGUUGGGCGUUAUCGGCGCCAUCAUCGCGGGUGGUACGGCCCCUUCCGAGGGGGUCUUCAUCGCGCACGUGCAGGUGUGGGUGUACGAGAUGCGCACGAUCGGUAACCGCUGGGCCCUCGGCUUCGUGGGUCUCGGGCUUACCGCUCUCGUUGGCAACUUCGUCCUGUCCACCGGCUUCGCCGUUGCUGGGGAACGCAUGACCAGGACCCUGCGGAAGAUGGCCUUCGAAGCGAUGGUGCGGCACGACAUCUCGUGGUUCGACAAGGAAUCCUCCGCAGUGGGAAUCCUUACCUCCCGUCUUGAGUCAGAAGCCUCCAUGGUGCGGAGAUCGACCGGGAGCAACGUUGCCCACUCGACCCAGCUCAUGAUGACCCUUACCAUCGGUACCGUCAUUGGUCUUGUCUUCGCCUGGCAGAUCGGACUGCUCGCCAUGGCCAUGAUCCCCUUGAUCGCCGCAGCGGGGGUUGUGCAGAUGGCGAUGCUUACGGGCGGCUACGGUGACAACGACGGUCUUGACGGUGGCGGAGGUGCCGCGGGUCUGCUAAGCUCCUCCCUUCAGGGGAUGACCACGGUGACCGCCUUCAACAUGCAGGAGAAGCUCGCACAGGACUACAAGCAGGCGUCCGAGGUGCAAGAGGCCCUUGACCAGCUGCAGGCGAAGCAGAAGCGCACCACCCUUGCCGUGGCUCACCGCCUGACCACGAUCCGCAACUCCGACAAGAUCGCCGUGCUCAACGGCGGGGGCGUGCAGGAGCUCGGCACGCACGACGAGCUGCUAGCUCUCAAGGGCUUGUACGCCACGUAA